AUGUCAGAAGAAACGAUUAAUGCAUUAAAUACGACGAGUUCGACCGAAAACGAAGCCGAUCUACAGUUAAGCAAUCCUGAAGCCGAAGAUACUAUUUUAGAUCCAAGCAAAGAAUUCGAAAAACAAGAUUCUCAACAUGGUACCAUGGCACUUAUUCUUUUAGCUGCUUUAUUUGGGUUUCAAUUGUUGAUACUUUAUUGGAAGUCAAAACAUUAUCGAUCCUUUCAAGCAGUUACUUUGUUUGGAUUAUGGUUAAUACCGAUGUAUCUAUUUGGACUUCAGGCACAUUUUUGGAGAUUUUUAUCAAUUUGGGUCUUGUAUUCAAUUGCUAAUUCAUGGGUAUUGAGCAGGGAUUUUGUAGAAAUUUGUACGGAUAGAAUGGCAUCGACACUUGGAUAUUAUAAUAAGGAUGGAUUUCCAAGAAAACAUUUAAGAGCAAAUAUAUGUGCAAUAUGUGGAGUGGCUGCCACUGGAACUAGCAAUAAUACAAAUAAUAAUGAAAAUGGCGAUCAAAACCAUCGGGUAUUUCAGCUGGCCUGUAGACACGUCUUUCACGAUGAUUGUAUACGUGGUUGGUGUUUAAUAGGAAAGAAGGAUAUUUGUCCUUAUUGUAAGGAAAAGGUUGAUUUAAAGGAGUUCAAAACAAAUCCUGGUGCAAAAUUUAAUAAAAAUCGAUUUAAUGAAGAUAUUACAUUAUUUGAGCCUUCGAAUAAAUCGAGGAGAAUAAAUGAAACCGCCGUUGAUAAUAAGUCGAAUACACAAUUGGGCCUUAUACAAGAAAUUGACUUUUUUCAUAAUAGUAAAAGUGCAAUUAAUGAGACUUUAGGCAUAACUAAAAGCAAAACAAAAGAAAUAACGGAAAACCUAGAAAAAGGCCAAGAAGAAGAAGGAGGAAUUAAUAAUCAAGAAAAUGGAAAUGGUCAAGUCGACUUUAAUUCCAUGGAUGAUGUUAAAAUGUUUCGCAAGCGACAUCGAAUUCGCGUUUACGGAACGGAUAUUCCAAAUCCAUUUGGUUCAUUCGAUGAACUUGAGUCGAAAUAUGAAUUCCAAUCAUAUAUUUGUAAGAAUUUAAAAAACUUUUCAUAUAUAAAACCAACUUCAAUUCAAAUGCAAGCCAUCCCUAUUAUGAUCCAUGGACGAGAUUUAAUGGCAAUGGCGCCUACUGGGUCAGGUAAAACGUUGGCUUAUAUUUUGCCAAUUUUAUAUGAUUUGAAAGGUCCAGAGAAAAUGGGGUAUCGUUCUUUAAUUAUUUCUCCGACAAGAGAACUAGCACAACAGAUUUAUAGGGAAAUCAAAAAAAUGAGCAUCGGAAAGAAAUUUAAGAUUUGCAUGUUAACGAAAGCGACUGCGGCUACACAAGCGCAGGCGCCUCAACUAAGAGAAAAAUUUGAUAUUUUGAUUAGUACACCACUUCGUUUGGUUCACGCAAUUCAAGAAGAAAACAUUGAAUUAAAAAACGUGCGUCAUCUAAUCUUGGAUGAAGCGGAUAAAUUGCUUGAAUUGGGAUUUUUAGAACAAACCGAUGAAAUAUUUGCUGCAUGUUCUAAUAUGAAAUUACAAAAGUCAUUAUUUAGUGCAACACUUCCUUCAGGUGUUGAAGCAUUGGCCAAUAAUUUUAUGAAAGAUCCCAUUAGAGUUAUAGUAGGCUUGAGAAAUGCUGCUACGGAAACGAUUAAACAAAAACUUAUCUACGUAGGACAAGAAGAAGGAAAAUUAAUUGCUAUUCGACAAUUGAUACAAGAAGGGCUUAAACCGCCAGUAUUGAUCUUUGUACAAUCCAUUGAACGAGCAAAAGAAUUGUUUCAUGAAUUAAUUUAUGACGGUAUCAAUGUAGAUGUUAUACAUUCCGAAAGAACGAAAGCUCAAAGAGAUUCAAUUGUAUUAAAAUUUAGACAAGGAAAAAUAUGGGUAUUAAUAGCUACAGAAUUAAUGGCCCGUGGUAUGGAUUUCAAGGGUGUUAAUUUGGUUAUAAAUUAUGACUUCCCUCAAUCUGUGCAAAGUUAUAUUCAUAGAAUCGGUAGAACUGGUAGAGCUGGUAGAUCUGAAUCGGGAUGUGAAGUACCAGAAUGGAUGCUUCAAUUAAAAAAUCCUUCAAAAGUUUCUAAACAGCAAUUACGUAAAAAGCCUAUAGAACGUAAAACCAUAAGUACAAGAUCUACUUAUGAUCUUAAGAAAAUGGAACAUAAAAAGGAAAUUAUCGAAGCUUCAAAAAAACGAAAAGCUCGUAAAUUAGCCUCUGCCGCAAAUAAAUAUGGCGAUAAAGGUGGUGGUGAAGCAGAUAAAAAGGAGGACAAAGGUCUAAUUAAAACUGAUGAUAAAACAAAAAAUAAUAAAUUGGAAUCAUCAAAAUCAUUGCCUUCAAAUAAGAGGAGAAAACGUAUUAGUGAAAAGGAUUAG